GCGCUCGUAGGUGUGAUUUGCGUUACGUACGAUUUCAAGAGAAGAAUUAUCCGCUCAUUAUUUUGGACGUAGAAAGUCUGUUGUUUUGGGGAUUUAUCUGGAAAUCUGUGCAAAGGAAUGCGUCCCGAUUCAGAGGAAAUGACUUUGAUAAGUUAGAAAUGGAAUGUACUGUUAAUCCGCUAUGAAAUCGGAUGAAUUAGUGUCAAAUUUGUACUUUUCAUUUCAAUAUUCCUGUAGAUAGUUAAUCAUUUCUUAGCCGUGUUUAGCAUUUGUACAGAAACAUGUCGGCUGCGCCUUCAGCUGCGGGCAUGCAUUCAGCAUGUCAAUCUGGGAGGAGUGGAGAAUUCAUUGUUGGCAGUGAUAAAUAUAAAUACCGUUUGGUGAGAAAGAUAGGCAGUGGAUCAUUCGGAGAUAUUUAUCUUGGAAUCAACAUUCACAAUGGGGAGGAGGUUGCUGUCAAAUUAGAAUCAGAGAAGGCCCGACAUCCACAGCUUCUCUACGAGAGCAAGCUCUAUAAGAUCCUCCAUGGAGGGCCAGGAAUUCCAACCAUGAAAUGGUUUGGGCAAGGCCAUGAUUACAAUAUCAUGGUCAUGGAGCUGCUUGGGCCCAGUUUAGAAGAUCUUUUCAACUUCUGCAGUAGGAAGUUCACCAUGAAGACAGUUCUUAUGCUGGCAGAUCAGAUGAUAGCAAGGAUUGAAUAUGUCCAUGUUAAGAACUUCAUCCACAGAGACAUCAAACCAGACAAUUUCCUUAUGGGUAUCGGAAGGCACUGCAAUCAGCUUUUCCUCAUAGACUUUGGUCUCGCAAAGAAAUUCAAGGAUUCAAGAAGCAAGCAACAUAUACAGUACAGAGAAGACAAGAACUUGACUGGCACAGCAAGAUAUGCCAGUAUCAACGCACAUCUUGGCAUUGAACAGAGUCGGAGAGAUGACUUGGAAUCACUAGGGUAUGUGUUGAUGUACUUCAACAGAACGAGUCUGCCAUGGCAAGGCAUGAAGGCCAUGACCAAGAAGCAGAAGUAUGAGAAGAUCAGCGAGAAGAAGAUGUCAACACCAGUUGAAGUCCUCUGCAAGGGAUUCCCAGCAGAGUUUGCCAUGUACCUCAACUACGCCCGUGGCCUGCGCUUCGAUGAGAACCCUGACUAUGUGUACCUAAGGCAACUCUUCCGCAUCCUGUUCCGCACCCUCAAUCACCAGUACGAUUUCACCUUCGACUGGACGCUACUCAAGCAGAAGGUCACCCAGCAAUCUGCACAGACCAGCGUCUCCAACGGCGUCAACCCGGCACGGCCAAGCAUUCGGAGAGCAGGAGUAAAAGCAAGCGCUGAGGAGCAAUACAUCAAUCAACCUUGCAACUCUGGCUAACUAUAACACGAGCGCAUCCCCUGCCCGGCAGUAUUGGUCAUGUCUUUUCGUCAUACAGUAAUAGGACGUUAAUCGCAGUUCGUAUCGAAGCAUGAACAAGCUGUGUUCCUAAUGAACAGCAACCGUAAAGCUUUACAGAAAACAAUGACAUGCCGUUAACCAAUGCACAAUGCUUCGAAUCACCUACUGAACAAACCAAUGAUGCGGUUUGGACUAAGAGAAAUGGACUUUGUACAAUGCGUUUCAAAUCAGGAUGAAGACGAGGACUGGUGAUGUAAGAAGGAGAUGGGUUGCUCAAACACUCUGCUAUAUGAAUUAAUGCAUGAUAUAUUACAGAACAUUGUGAAUUAUAUUUAUGUGGGUAAAAACAAUGUAGGGGACAUUACUAUCAUUAUUAUCAUUACAUGAAAUAAACAGCAAGUUACAGUUUUGUUGUAUGCAGUCACAUUUUCUGGAGUUAUUCUUUGCAUCCUUGGUGUUACCUGUCAAUUAAUCAUACAUAUCUUGUCCGAUCUUGACGUUUCAAAUUGUAUAGCAGUCGAAAUGUAAUUUGUUUAAUCAGUUAUUUUAUGACACUAUAAUUGUGAUGUUUAUGAUUAUACUUUGAUGUACCUGACACUGAAUUAGUUUCAUAUAAACAGUGUUUGCAAACUCCUGUGAAUGACUACAAAAUGGUCUCUGCUAUAUUGUUUCAUUUUCAUAUCAAAGCAGGGACCUUUUUGUAGUCAUCCCAAAACUUUGACAUAUUUUCACGUUUUGAAGGGUUUUUACAAAUCUUUGUUAUUUCACACAGAAUCGUCAGGUUCAUUCUAUCUAUAGCACGUUUGUAUAAAUCUAAUCUUAUUUGUAAAUUGAAGAAAAAAAAUCCUUUUCUUUGGUGACCAAAUUUGGCUUUGUCCAGAAAUAGAAUCACAUGAAGGAUUUUGCCCAUUUGUGAGAUCAUAUGUAGAAUUUCUCAUGUUGUCAGGAUUUGUAUGGUAAGACACAGUUGUGUAUUGUAAAUAGCAGUGGAUUCAUGUAAACUAUCCUGGCAAAACAUGAGAAUUAAGUGAUAUUAUAAUUUUUUCUUUUUAAAAAUAUUUCCCCUCUGUUUAAUGUAUUGCAUGUCACUGUGUUCUUUUGUGAUAUCAAAAUUGUACAUACUGUAAUUGUAGAUUAUAUGUGGACAAAAUAAAGAAAAUACACAUGCAAAAUGUAUGCACUGACAUGCAAUACAUAUUCAUCUAAGCUUUUUAAUAUAAUGAAUGUACAUGUCUGAAUUUAAUGUUUACUUUUGCAUCUGUUAUCCAACCUGAACUAAAGGCUUUGUACGAGUUUGAGUACCUGUAAGUGAGUUAGCAUGAAAUGAUUCGUUUGGGCAGUUUCACUGAUGAUGUAUUAAUCACUAUGGGAUGAACUGAUCAUUUCAGGAAUGUAGCCAAGACACGCCAUGUUGAAACGCGACAUGAUGAGCUUGACACGUCAUAACUCGUGCCCAGCUAUUCUCUCCUCGACACCCUCAUUUAUCCUCGGUAGUUCUUAUCUUCUCUUCUGCUCUUGCUGAUUCUUAAGUUUCGUAAGAAACAUCUUGAUCACAGGUUUCAUAAAAUACCAAACUUCAGUUGCGAGAGAUAUGGCUGAAUAAUACCACAGCCACAUUAGCGAGAUCAACGCAAGACUGACAACACAUGGAACAGGAAUUUACAUUACAAUAAAUAGACAAGACACAGUCUGUCUGGAGUUUGUUUUGUGGUUUAACCGAGGUGUGAAGAGUAGAUGGGACCAAGCAAGCAUCUGCAUUCUUAUAUUCUGUACGCCAAUCUAUGCCAUCCUCUGCAGAAUAGCCACAGUUCUUACUCGACGGUUGAUUUGCAACGGAACAACGUGAAGACCACGAGCUUACGCGAAUCGUUGUCUUCUUUUGUUUACUUGACAAAUUGCUCCUGCAUUUGCCAAAUAAAGAAGACAUUUUAUGCAUAACUUCUUGGUUACCUGAAAGUCUGCCACAUAAACAAAGAAGACACUUUAGGGAAUUUCAAAAUAUUGGGAUUGCGAUCUGUUUAUUCUGGGGACGUGAGCAUUUUCCAAGAUGGCACCUAUAGUAAGACUGUCGACUUAUUGCUGAUGUUUCUCGUCCAGAGGAGAAAGAGAACUAGGAUAAUGUCAUCACAGUGUCCUUUGAUUUAAUCACUAUUUUCUUUGAGCUGUGUUUCCUGUAUUAUGUCCAUUGGUUUAAUAUACACACAACUCUUGAGUGAGUGAAGACGUGUUUGUAUGAAAUUAUCAUCAGAUGAAGAAUACUCUUGUGAAAUAGUUGUGAGAUCAGAAAUUGAUUUUAGUUUAUAAACAAAUUUGUCAGACUAGAUAUCUUUAGUCUUUAUUUUAUAGUCAAACUUCUUUUGUUUUGCAUUAUUUUUAAUCUUCAUCAUUAUCGUUUCCUUCUCCUUCACGUAUUUCACCUAUGCCUUCCUCUGUGUAUGUGCUUACUUGUUUUAAUCUUACAUGAAUAUUUCAUUUGUUAUAUUUCUUAUGGUAUUGUACAAGUCAUUUUUAUUUGGAUACGGUAGUCGGUGUAAGUCGGCACAGUUCCUCUGCCUUCAUUGAUGAAUAUAUGUUAGGAUACAAUGUCAUCCACAUAGGACAUUGCAUCCUACCAUUCGUUACCCUCAUUCUCAAGCAUGUAAUUUAAAUAUUUAUUUGUACUUUUGUGUAUAUUUUUUUCAAUCUGUCUAAUUCUGGAGGGGUAUGAGCCUUCAAUUGCAAAGUAAAUCGGCUCGACCUCUGGUGGAAACGAUGUAUGACUCAAAUUUGAUACUGUAUUUGUCCAAAAUGUCAUUCAUAUUAUGUACAUUAUGUUUGUUCUCUCUUGCUUACUCCUUACACAGAGGGAAAAUGAAAUGAAGUCGGGUAUUGAUUUUACCGACCUCUGUGUAGGCUUGAUUUAUUACCCCCAAGUCAACUGUAAUCGUUGGAGUAAUGAGAAGAGGGAAGAGCGCACUGUAUGGUGCAUUCAUUGUACAGCAAACUGUGACUUUUGUUGGUACAGUAAAUAAAGAAAAUUAGGCAUAAACUGCUGUGAUGUACAUUGAAAA